AUGGAUAUAUUUCCUACCAUCUCAGCCGGAUAUUAUAUAAACAGCUCUGAAAGUGGUACAUCUCUAGUUCGUAACUUUGAGACUCUGCAACGCAGCGAUGUCGCACUCGUGGGAGGAAAGAAUUCGUCUCUAGGAGAAAUGAUCAGCAGUCUUGGAGCAGAAGGUAUUGCCGUUCCACCAGGUUUCGCAACAACAUCAAACGCGUAUUGGGACUACAUAGAUGAGAACAACAUGCAAGAGAAGAUUACCAUAUUGAUAGCCGACUGGCAAUCCGGGAUUGCGACUCUGUCCGAAACUGGCCACUCAGUGCGCAAUCUAUUCAUUCGAGGCAAUUGGCCAACGCAUGUGGCGGCUGCUAUCAGAGAAGGCUAUCGCGAGCUGUCGGUAAAGGCAGGCCUUCAGAACCUAGAUGUCGCAGUUCGAUCCAGCGCCACAGCAGAAGAUCUCCCCGAUGCAAGCUUUGCCGGUCAGCAGGAGUCCUACCUGAAUGUCUCAGGUGAGGAUGCGCUAUUAAGAGCGUGCCAGCACUGCUAUGCGUCUCUUUUCACGGACAGAGCGAUCAGCUAUCGACAAGCAAAAGGCGGCUCCGGAGUCAUGUUCUCCAUUGACACCGAGAGUGGAUUCGAUAAAGUUGUGCUCGUUAAUGCGGCAUGGGGGCUAGGCGAGAAUAUCGUUCAAGGAACUGUCAAUCCUGACGAAUAUCAAGUUUUCAAGCCCCUUUUAAAAGAGCCCACACUGGUCCCGAUUAUCGACAAGAAGUGCGGUGACAAAACAAUCAAAAUGAUUUACAGUGAUGACAAUACCAGGACGCGUAAUGUGCCCACCUCCAAAACAGAACGAGCGUCGUUUGUGCUCAGUAAUGAAGAAAUACUGCAGCUGAGUCGUUGGGCCUGCAGGAUAGAAGAACAAUAUUGCUGCCCCAUGGAUAUGGAAUGGGCCAAAGAUGGACUGACAAACGAGUUGUUUAUCGUCCAGGCUCGACCAGAAACGGUACAUUCGCGGCGGGACGCGGCGGCAGCUUUUACAACCUAUAAAGUCGGAGACAAAGGCCGUCUAUUGACUACCGGUCUCUCAAUUGGAGAUGCCGCCGUAACUGGAAGAGUCUGUCUUUUUGAGUCGAUUGAGAGUAUCAACGAGUUUAUAGACGGCUCGAUCCUGGUCACACAGACCACCGAUCCGGAUUGGGUGCCAAUUAUGAAACGGGCUGCUGCGAUUGUUACGGACCAUGGCGGACGUACUUCGCAUGCUGCUAUUGUUAGUCGUGAAUUUGGACUGCCUGCCAUAGUUUGUACAGGCAACGCCACCUACGUGCUACACACGAGCCAAGAUAUUACCGUCUCUUGUGCCGAAGGGGAUCACGGCUUUGUCUAUGCCGGAAUCUCAGAUAUAACUGCUGAGACGGUUGAUUUGACUGGGCUGCGUCACACUCGAACAAAUGUCAUGCUCAACCUUGCAAACCCAGCGGCUGCAUACCGUUGGUGGCGACUCCCAGCUGACGGCAUUGGCCUUGCGCGAAUGGAGUUUGUGCUUUUGGACAAAAAUGCCAAACAUCAAAUCGCCAAGAUCACGGCAACAUAUAAACACAAGCCUGAAUAUUUUGUAGACAAACUCUCGCAAGGGUUUGCCGCCCUAUGUGCCGCGGUCUAUCCCAACCCGGCUAUUAUCCGGAUGAGUGACUUUAAGACCAACGAGUAUGCUGGCCUUACCGGUGGCGCUGAAUUCGAGCCGGAGGAAGACAACCCGAUGCUUGGAUUUCGAGGCGCCUCGCGCUACUACUCCCCUCGUUACAAAGAAGGGUUUUCACUUGAAUGUGCUGCGGUUAAACGGCUCCGAGAUGAGAUGGGAUUCAAGAAUGCUAUUGUUAUGAUUCCUUUCUGCCGCACAGUCGAAGAGGCAAAGAAGGUGCUGAAUGUGAUGGCCGAAAACGGACUUAAACGCGGUGAGAACGGUCUCCAGGUGUACGUCAUGUGUGAAAUUCCGUUAAAUGUUAUCUUGGCCGAACAAUUCACUGGCCAUUUUGAUGGCUUUUCCAUCGGAUCCAACGACUUGACCCAGUUGACCCUCGGUGUUGCUCGUGAUUCAGGCGAGUUGGCUGGUCUGUUUGAUGAACAAGAUGCGGCAGUUAAGUGGAUGGUAGGUAAGGUUAUUUCCGUCGCCAGAGCAAGGAAUUGCAAGAUUGGUAUCUGCGGACAGACUCCCAGUGAUCAUCCAGAGUUUGCCAGGUUCCUGGUCGAAUCUGGAAUUAACUGCAUAUCAGUCAGUCCAGACAGCUUUGUUGCAGUGAAGAGACAUGUUGUUGCUAGUGAAGGGGGCAUGUAA